AUGUACAAUCAAGAGAAUAAUGCUAGUGGCGAGUUGGAAGCCGAUCAGCCUGCAGAACAUUCAGAAGCUAUUUGCUCAUGCUGUUUCGACCUAAACGCUACUCUUGUUGAUUCUGAUAGUGCUGACGUUAAACUUGAUCAAAGCGAAUUCGUACUAUCGAUACUUCGCAAUGCUGCACAACUCAGGGCAGCCGCGGCUGGCGGUUGUGAAAGCUGCACUGUUAUGAUCAGAGCUCUCGAAUACCAUAAUCUGAUACCCGCGGAAGCGUCUCCUUCCGGUCUCGAUGCACCUAAAGACUUUAACCUGCUAGGUCAAAGCAAUAAUAGAAGUGUUCGACUGAGACUCCGACUUCCAAUCGGCCAGGGAAACCCAGAGAUAUCUCUCAGCAGCCCCGGGCUACCACAAAGAUUUCUCCAGUUCUAUACCGACAAAGCUCAAAGACGAUCAUGGAAGACCAUUAAGCCUAUGCCAGAUAUUUGCACUGACAACUUAUCAAGGCAAGGGCUUGUUUUUAUCAACGCUUGUCUAAGGCUGUGUCAGGAGCAUCACACCCAUUGCAAACAAGACGAUCUCAGUUUACCAUCGCGUCUUUUGGAUAUCGGAACUGGUGAUGAUACUCACGUGCGUCUGAUCGAAACACAAAAUGUUGAAAACGCGAAGUACACAGCACUAAGUUAUUGUUGGGGCAACGAUCCUUCUAUAAAGACCAUAACCGGGAACCUGGAGGAUAUGAAAUCUGGGAUCGCUCUUGAAAAGUUACCCGCGGCCUACAGGGACGCAAUAGCACUGACCAAACGGCUUGAUGUGAGGUACAUCUGGAUAGACGCGUUAUGCAUAAUCCAAGACUCACAGAAGGACUGGGAAAGAGAAUGCUCCAAGAUGGCUGACACGUAUACAAACGCCUAUGUCACCAUUGCUGCUGCAUCUUCGUCAUCUGUGACCAAUCACUUCUUAAAACCACAGCUCCGUCCGCCACCAGAGAUAUCACACCGCGAAAGGGAAGCUUUCACCGCGAUUCUGUCGGACGCUAGUGGCAAAGAGCAGGUCUCAGUCAAAGCGAGGCUCAUGCAGGCGACCGGCGCCCACUGGCUGUGGCAAGAUUCCGGCAAUGAUGAGCAGCCACUCAUAGAGCCUCUCACUCAGCGAGGCUGGACUCUGCAGGAGAAGGUUCUUUCGACACGAUUCCUUUCAAUAUCUUCAAUGGAGAUGGUCUGGACAUGCAAAGAGCAGAUAUUCUGCGAGUGCGGUUCGAGGUUGAAUCAUCAACGCGAGUUUGGUCGCACACCACUGAGUCAGAUUUCCCGACGCGAUGAAGCAUUCAACUUUUGGCACAAAAUUGUUGAAAACUACUCCAAGAGAAAACUCACGCAAUCUGAAGACAGACUCCCAGCGAUAUCUGCCAUAGCAGCCAUGGUGCAAAAGAAGGUAGAGUCAGAGUAUAUCGCUGGACUAUGGGCUGGCAAUAUUGAGCUUGAUCUUCUGUGGCAUAGAGCUGAGCCAACACGGGCGCCCGCAGCCAGCUCGUGUUACAUUGCGCCGAGCUUCAGCUGGGCCUCGAUUGCGGGCGAAAUAGAUUACAUGUGUUUUCGGAACGGAAAAUGGCCGUAUGAAAAAGCUACAAAGGUUAUUGAAGUCACUUCGGAAACUGGGCCUGAUGCGCCGCUUGGAAGAGUCACUAGAAGCAAGCUUGUCUUGCAGGGUCCCAUAGCUACGGGGCACGUCGAGCGACAAGACUCGCAUGGUUGGUUCGUCGUACGUAUUGGAAACGCGCGUUUAUCCUUUCGCCCAGAUACUAUCCUUUCAACAACGGCGACAGAGGGUGGAUCAGAAGUGUCAGUCUGCAGAAGACCCAUGGAGCAUGGCAGGGAAGAGCUCAGACGUUUACUAAAGAGGCAAGAUCCGACGGGAAAACACAAGUCGGAGUCUGUGUCUCAUCGAAUCAAGAUUCGUUGCUGGGUGCUGAGACUUGGUACAUAUUCUAUUGGGAGACGGGGAGAAAAGGAACAUGAGUGGUUGGUGUUGGGGAGGUCAGAGACUGAAACGGAAUGUUUUGAGCGGGUUGGAUGGGGGUUGGUAAAAAGGCAUGAGGAGGAAGAGGUGUUUGCACAAGAGACAAGGACGAUUGUAGGAUUAGUGUGA